AUGGAUAUGCAGCAGGAUUCAUCAGCAAUUUCAUGGCUCUCUGAAAUGGGCCUGGACGACCCCAUCUUCACAGACGAUUUCGACUUCACGGACACAUUCGGCGACGAAUGGGCCGCCAUGCUCGGGCCGGACUUGGACAGCCCACCUUCUCUGUCCCCGGACCCAAAAAACUCAUCCACCUCCUCAACUCUGGUCAACAUACCCAGCACAAACUCAAUCACAUCCCUCUCUGCUUUACCCACUGACACAAACAAUAACUCGGAGCCUCCACCGCGCAAGCUGCAGAAGCCCAACGGCUUUUCGGGCUUCUCGUCAGCCACGGCGGCCCAAGACCACCGCCCUUCUUCUACUCCCAUCAUUCUCAACUUCGGGGCCGCUAGUGCUAAUCUGUCUCCCAAGAAUCAGGGGCCCGCUGCCGGGCCCACAGAUGCAGCAGACGAGGAGGCUGCCAUUGAAACUGAAGCUGGGAAGCAGCCCGGCGAGCCGUCUAAACGGGCCGAUAAUGCCAAAAGACGUACGGGACGGGCUGGUAAGGGACCGCAAACAUAUGACCAUAUUGUUGCGGAGAGAAAGAGGCGUGAGCAGCUGAGCCAGAGGUUUCUAACUCUUUCCACUAUUGUGCCGGGACUCAAGAAGAUGGAUAAAACAUCAGUACUGGGUGAUGCAAUCAAGUACUUAAAACACCUCCAAGAAAGAGUGCAGAUUCUCGAGGAGAAAACCACAAAGAAGAUGAUGGAAUCUGUGGUGCUCGUCCGCAAAUCACGGGCCCAUCCCGAGGAUGAUAAUUCAGCAGAGGAUAACAUCCCGGGCUCGGACGAACAAGCAUUGCCCGAAAUCGAGGCCCGUGUUUGCGGCACCCAAAUUCUUAUUAGAAUCCACUGCGAGAAGCGUAAGGGGAUUCUGGCAAACUUAAUGAACCAACUGGAGAAUUUCAACCUCGCCAUUGUCAGCACCAAUGUCACCACAUUCGGAUGCUUCGCACUUGAUAUUACGAUUUGUACAGAGAUGGGGAAAGAAUUCAGCUUGACGAUGAACGAGUUGGAGGGAGAAAUCUUGAGAAGUUAUGUCGAUCAAUAUAAUAAGGCAUGUAUUGAGAUUCCUUCGGCCUCAGACGAGAUCAACGCUGGAGGUCUAGUGAAGAGUUUGAGGACAGGGGCGUGUACGAGGUACUUGGCUAAAAAUGGGGCUAUGACGUAUGACGAAGUCCUGAGGCAAUGUCAGAAAUAUGUAAACUUGAAAGAAACGGAAGUCGAGUUCUCGAAGCACGAUGAACUACCCAAGUAG